AAACAAGAAGCACGGCAAAACCCCUAAAUUUGAUUUAGGCCUUAAACCCUAAAAAAAUUCUCUUCGUUCAGUUUCAGAGCUCUCUCAGAGUUGAGGGCACAAAUUGAUCAAGCAAAAGAGAGAUGGUGUGGUUUCAGUGCGAGGAUUGUGGAGAGAAUCUGAAGAAGCCCAAGUUACCAAAUCACUUCAGGAUUUGCUCCGCCACCAAGCUUUCGUGCAUAGAUUGUGGACAGACAUUUGGGCAGCAAAGCGUUCAAAGUCACACUCAGUGUAUUACUGAGGCGGAAAAAUAUGGUCCAAAAGGCCAAGUGAAAGUUUCAAAUGGUUCGAGCACCAAGCCCAGCAAGGAUUCAAAGCAACAAGUUGAUUUUGAUAUAAAUGUUGGGUUAUCUGAACGCCCACCAUGGUUUUGUAGCCUCUGCAAUACCAGCACUACUAGUAAGCAGACCCUGCUUCUCCAUGCUGAAGGAAAGAAGCACAAGGCAAAAGCCCGAGCUUUCCAUGCCGCAAAACAACCACCUAAGCAGGCAGAAGAAUCUGCUCCAGAGACAAAGCUUCCAACUGAAGAUACUCAAAAAGAUGAAUUUCUUGACAAUAAAUGCGCAAAGGAACCAAAUGCACAAGAUCCACCCAAAUCUGAUACUGAGCAUAACAAGUCAGAAGCAGAUAAAGGAACUUCACCAUUGAAGAAAAAGAGGAAACUUGAUGCAUCUGCAAAAGAUGAUUCAAGAAAAAAGACCAAGGAUGAUACUCCUGGUGACUUAGGUGAUGGGGAAGUUAUUCACAGCGAAAAAGCAGAAGCAGAUGAAAUAAAGAGUCAGUUGAAGAAUGAUACAUUGGCAGAACCUAGCUCAACCAGAGAAGAUACGAAACGGAAAAUAAAGUGGAAGAAGCUGAUCACAUCAGCCUUGAAAUCUAAUCCUGAUGGAGUUCUGAAGAUGAGGAAAUUAAGAAAACUUGUUCUCAAGGCUCUCCAUGAAUCUGGCACAACAGAAGAUGAAACCAAACUCAGUGAUACGCUUGAGCACAAGAUCAAUUCAAGCUCUAGAUUCACAGUAGAGAACAAGUAUGUCCGGCUGGUGGCUAAAGAUUGAAGCACAUUUUGGAGAGAGCCUAGAAAGGAUGUCCUUGCAUCUCUUGGUGUAAUCUUUCUAGUCCAGUCUUUGCAGGCAUUUGCUUGUCUCAUUUAAUUAAGAAUGAAGCUUAGCUGCUGCUUCUAUUGUACGUGGCUUCCAUAUCUGUGUCUUGUUGUAGUUUUUCUCUCAUUUCUUCUGCUAGAAAAGUUUUCAGAAGAAAUAUUUGGAUCUCCAUUUUUUUGAGAAAUUGAACUUUGUGAUUUUAUAUUAUCUUAUAGGAGACAGUCAUUUUUUAUUAAA